GCCGCUGCUGCUGAUGCUCGCGGCCGCGGGCGCGUUCACGCUGCUGGUGGUUUUAUUCGCCCCGCAGAUACGUAGGAGGUAUGCAGCAGGAGGGACGUGCAGGUCCACGGCUCGGCUGGACGGGAAGACGGUGCUCAUCACCGGCGCCAACACGGGGAUUGGGAGGGAGACAGCGCUGGACCUGGCAACGCGAGGGGCGCGGGUGAUCAUGGCCUGCAGAGACGUGGUGAAGGGCGAGGAGGCGGCCGACAGCAUCCGGGUGGCGAUCGCCGGAGCCCAGGUGGAGGUCCGGGAGCUGGACCUGGCAGAUACCGGCUCCAUCCGGGCCUUCGCACAGACGUUCCUGAGAGAAGUCCACCAGCUGCACGUCCUCAUCAGCAACGCCGGCGUGAUGAUGUGUCCCUACAUGAAGACGGUGGACGGCUUUGAGAUGCACAUCGGGGUCAAUCACCUGGGUCACUUCCUGCUGACGUACCUGCUGAUCGGGCUCCUGCAGCGCAGCGCCCCGGCCCGGAUCGUGGUGGUCUCCUCGCUGGCCCACAACUUCGGCUGGAUCCGGUUCCACGACCUGCACAGCCAGGGCAGCUACAACAGCGGGCUGGCGUACUGCCAGAGCAAGCUGGCCAACGUGCUGUUCGCCCGGGAGCUGGCGCAGCGGCUCGCAGGCACCGGCGUGACGGUGAACUCGGUCCACCCGGGGACGGUGAACUCGGACCUGACCCGGCACUCCACCCUCAUGACGGUCCUGUUCUCGGUCCUGGCCACGUUCCUGAAGACGCCGCGCGAGGGAGCCCAGACCAGCGUGUACUGCGCCGUGGCCGAGGAGCUGCGCUGCAUCUCCGGGAAGCACUUCAGUGACUGCAGCCCCGCCUUCGUGGCCCCCCAGGGCCGGAGCCAGGAGACGGCCAGGAGGCUGUGGGACGUCAGCUGUGAGCUGCUGGGCAUCGAGUGGGCCUGACUCAGCAGAACCGCCGUCAUCCUGCUGAAUCAUGCUGUUCCUGAGGCCGACGGGCCGGCGGGUCGGAGAGAGGAGGCACCCGGCCGUGGCGGCCAUGUUUCGGCCAGAAAGUACGG